AACUGAAGUCAAAUGACCCUUCCAGACUUAGAUCAGCCUUUCCACAGUUUCUAUAGAGGCAUCUGCCCCAAUUUCAGCUGAAGACUCAGGGGCCCCAGGGACUGGAAGAAUCACAGUGCCUCCUUGGAAGAAGAAGAGGUAGCGACUUGCCCAACCCCAACCCCAGAGCGGCUCCGGAGUUGGGAGUUGGGCUGCUCACAAACCAAGCUGUCUGUUUAUAUGGAGUGCCUGGAGGGUGUCUGCCAUGAGUCUUUCGCUAACUGUGCUAACCAGGAGAGCUGGCUGGCUGGGGAGAAGACACUAACCCUGAGCUUUUGGCUAGAGGAAGUGGAGGGGCCGUGGGAUGCGGAGAGCCGAGGGCUAACUCCUGGACAGCGGAACAGAGUGAGCUGCUGACAAACAGACGCAGGUCGAGGAGCCCUCACCUCCCAGAAUGACCAGUGCAGCCCCUGCUAAGAAACCCUACCGUAAGGCACCACCCGAGCAUCGGGAGUUGCGGCUGGAAGUUCCUGGAUCUCAGCUUGAGCAGGAGGAGUCCCUGACUGACGCCGAGAGGAUGAAGCUGUUGCAGCAGGAGAAUGAGGAGCUUCGCAGGCGCCUAGCCUUGGCCACCAGGCGCACUGAGGCCCUGGAGCGUGAGCUGGAAAUUGGGCAGGACUGCCUAGAGCUGGAGCUGGGCCAGAGCCGCGAGGAGCUAGACAAAUUUAAGGACAAGUUCCGCAGGCUGCAGAACAGCUACACAGCUUCCCAGAGGACCAACCAGGAGCUGGAGGACAAGCUGCAGACGCUGGCCUCUCUUAGCCACAGCUGGAUUUUUGCAAUCAAGAAGGCUGAGAUGGAUAGGAAGACACUGGACUGGGAGAUUGUAGAGCUGACCAACAAGCUGCUGGAUGCCAAGAACACCAUCAAUAAGCUGGAGGAGCUCAAUGAGCGGUACCGGCUGGACUGCAACCUGGCUGUGCAGCUCCUUAAGUGCAACAAAUCCCACUUCCGUAACCACAAAUUUGCUGAUCUGCCCUGUGAGCUACAGGACAUGGUUCGGAAACAUCUGCACAGUGGUCAAGAGGCUGCCAGCCCAGACCCUGCCCCCAGCCUGGCACCAGGGACUGUCGUACCCACCUCAGUCAUUGCCCGGGUGUUGGAGAAGCCAGAGUCUCUACUGCUCAAUUCAGCCCAGUCAGGCAGUGCUGGGCGCCCCUUGGCUGAGGAUGUCUUUGUACAUGUAGACAUGAGUGGGGGUGCCCCAGGUGACCUAGCCAGUCCCCCAGUCCCUGGCAGCCCCAUUCCCCAACCCAAUGGGGAGUGCCACUCUUUGAGCACUGCUGGGGGCUCCCCAGAUGAGGAGGUAUCUCUGCCCGCCUUUGAGAAGCUGAGCCCCUACCCCACCCCGUCUCCACCACACCCUCUGUAUCCUGGCCGAAAGGUAAUAGAGUUCUCUGAGGAUAAGGUGCGAAUCCCCCGCAAUAGCCCCCUGCCCAACUGCACUUAUGCUACCCGCCAGGCCAUUUCCCUGAGCCUGGUGGAGGAGGGGAGUGAGCGGGCCCGUCCUAGCCCAGUGCCCAGCAGCCCUGCCUCAGCCCAGGCCUCACCCCAUCACCAGCCCAGCCCAGCCCCAACACUCAGCACCGCAGCCAGCUCUGCCAGCUCUGAGGAGGACCUGCUGGCCAGCUGGCAGCGGGCAUUUGUGGACCGCACUCCACCACCGGCCGCUGUGGCCCAGCGAACAGCCUUUGGACAUGAUGCACUCCCUGAGCUGCAGCGCCAUUUUGCUCUCAGCCCCACUGACAGAGAUGAGGAGGUUCAGGCCCCUUCUUCCCCACCCAGUGAGAGUGGGCUUUUGCUGCCAAGAGAACCUGACUCUGACCUUCCCAGGGAGGAAGAAGAGGAAGAGCUGAACCUGCCCAUCAGCCCCGAAGAAGAACAACAGAGCCUGCUGCCCAGUGAUAGUGGGACAGAGAAGGGGCCUGGUAUUUCCCACACUGAGGGCAGGACCUGGGCACUUCCCAGCUCCAGCCGCCCUCAGCGCAGCCCCAAGAGGAUGGGGGUGCACCACCUGCACCGCAAGGACAGCUUGACCCAGGCCCAGGAGCAGGGCAACCUGCUCAACUAGGGCCCCUGCUUGCCUUCCUGCCACUGCUACACUGGGACUGCAAGGAAACCCGAUCCUUGCAGCUCACUGUCCCCUACCGAGCCCAAGCCCUUGAACUUGCGUCCCUCUAGGCCUGCACAGCUCUGUUCCCUGUGCAGGGAGGGUCAGGCGGUGGGCCACACCAGGCCUUUCAGCCACAUUGGCUGACUGGCACCAGCUUGCCUCAUGGUUUCCCCCUUUUCUUCUUGAAAUAUUUAUUCUCCAAAGGUAACAUGCAGCCAGGGCUCAAGACCUUUCUUCAGAUCAGUCCAGCCCAAAUCGGGCUGUUCUGGGAAGCUGAGCACAUCAGUGUCCAGCUUUUCACAUCAGUGUUCACCCUCCACCUUCCUUUCAGAGCCAUGAGGUGUUUGCUUUGUUUUGUUUUUUGAUGGGAGGGUAUCAUUGGGAUUAUUAAUCUCUAAUUUCUAUUUUCUACUAACCUUUCUAUUUUCCACCUGUUUCCCUCUCUCCCCAAAUCCUCUGCACAAGCUGUUGCCUUCACAGGGCCUGGCACAGCAUGCCCUUGGGUGAGGGAGAAGGCUGACUCAGGGCUCUCAGCAGUUUCCUUCCUCCCUCUGGAAGGGAGUAGAGGGUGGGACUCAGGGGCCUCAAGCUGGGCUCUAGGUGAGGCCUGGCCCCCCUCCCAAUCUUGGCUCUAGACUGUUACUCCCAGCUUUGGGAAAUUUUCACAUCAAUGACUAUUUUAAAAUAAAACUAUUUUACUGUUAUGGA